AUGAACAACCAAACAGCCAUCUCCCAGUUCCUACUUCUGGGUCUGCACAUUCCCCCAGAUCACCAGCAUCUGUUCUAUGCCCUGUUCCUGGCCAUGUACCUCACCACUGUCCUGGGGAACCUUAUCAUCAUCAUCCUCAUUAUACUGGACUUCCAUCUCCACACACCCAUGUACUUGUUUCUCAGCAACUUGUCCUUCACUGAUCUCUGCUUUUCCUCUGUCACAAUGCCCAAAUUGCUGCAGAACAUGCAAAGCCAGGAUAUAUCAAUCACCUAUGUGGGUUGUCUGACACAAAUGUACUUUUUAAUGUUUUUUGGUGAUAUGGAGAGCUUUCUUCUUCUUGUCAUGGCCUAUGACCGGUAUGUGGCCAUCUGCUUCCCUUUGCAUUACACCAGCAUCAUGAAUCCCAAGCUCUGUGUGUGGCUGGUGCUGCUGUCCUGGAUGAUUACCAUGCUAUAUUCCAUGUUACACACCCUACUCUUGGCUAGAUUGUCAUUCUGUGAGGACAAUGUGAUCCCCCAUUUUUUCUGUGACAUAUCUGCCUUGCUCAAGUUGGCCUGCUCUGACAUUCAUAUUAAUGAACUAAUGAUAUUUAUCUUGGGAGGGCUUGUCAUUGCCAUCCCAUUCUUACUCAUUGUUGUGUCCUAUGUACAAAUCAUCUCUUCCACCCUAAAGGUUUCAUCUACUCGGGGUAUACACAAGGUGUUCUCCACUUGUGGCUCCCACUUGUCUGUGGCCUCACUGUUCUACGGGACAAUUAUUGGUCUCUACUUAUGUCCACCAGUAAAUAGCUCUAAUGUGAAGAAGAUUGCCAUGGCCUUGAUGUACACAGUGGUGACUCCCAUGCUGAAUCCCUUCAUCUACAGCCUGAGGAACAGAGAUAUGAAAGAUGCCCUCAGUAGAGUCCUUUGCAAGAAGAAAAUCUCCUUAUAA